AUUUUCAAACUUGGAAGGAGCAAAAUUAUAAAAUUUCAACAGAAUGAGAAAUGUAAUGUGAUAUUUAUCCUUUCAAAUGCAAUUACAACUAUUACAUUGGAAAAUGGUACAAAGAAAUGUUACAAUGAUCCCUUCUCCAUAUAAAAGAAUUCACCAUGGAUCUACAAUCUCGAUCCUGAUUACACAGAGACUGAUAAAUUAAACAAAUUAGGAAUUUGUUUUUUAAACAACAAAAAAAAAGGAAAUAAAUAGCAACUUAUUGCAUGUUGUUACACUUCAAAUUGACCCUCUAACAUCUUAGUAGUGUUUUGGUGGUGGAGGUGAUGCAUAAAUGUAUGGAUGAGGUGAAGAGUGAGUUGGGGGUGGUGGAGACUUAUAAUAGUAGGGUGGUGGAGGUGAUGGCGAUGGUGGUGGUGGUGACUUAUAGUAGUAUGGAGGUGGUGGUGAUGGAGAUGGAGGAGGGGGAGAUUUUUUUGGAGGGGGAGGAGAUGUAUAAUGGUAUGGUGGAGGGGGAGACUUUUUUGGUGGAGGAGGAGAUGAGUAGUGGUAUGGUGGAGGGGGGGAUUUCUUUGAAGGAGGUGGAGAUGAGUAGUGGUAUGGAGGUGGGGGAGACUUCUUUGGAGGAGGUGCGGAUGUAUAGUGAUAAGGUGGAGGGGGAGACUUCUUUGGUGGAGGUGGAGAUGAGUAGUGGUAUGGAGGGGGGGGGGACUUCUUCGGUGGAGGAGGGGAUGAGUAGUGGUAUGGUGGUGGGGGGGAUUUCUUUGGUGGAGGAGGAGAUGAGUAGUGGUAUGGAGGGGGGGGGGACUUCUUCGGAGGAGGUGGGGAUGUAUAGUGAUAAGGUGGUGGGGGGGAUUUCUUUGGUGGAGGAGGAGAUGAGUAGUGGUAUGGAGGGGGGGGGGACUUCUUCGGAGGAGGUGGGGAUGUGUAGUGGUAUGGAGGGGGGGGGGACUUCUUCGGAGGAGGUGGGGAUGUGUAGUGGUAUGGAGGUGGCGGAGACUUCUUUGGUGGAGGUGGAGAUGAGUAGUGGUAUGGUGGUGGGGGGGAUUUCUUUGGAGGAGGUGGUGAUGUGUAGUGGUAUGGUGGCGGGGGAGACUUCUUUGGAGGGGGUGGGGAUGUGUAGUGGUAUGGAGGUGGGGGAGAUUUCUUUGGAGGAGGUGGGGAUGAGUAGUGGUAUGGAGGUGGGGGUGACUUCUUUGGUGGAGGUGGGGAUGAGUAGUGGUAUGGUGGAGGGGAAGACUUCUUUGGAGGAGGUGGGGAUGUGUAGCGGUAUUGAGGAGGGGGAGACUUCUUUGGUGGAGGAGGGGUUGUGUAGUGGUAUGGAGGUGGGGGAGAUUUCUUUGGAGGAGGAGGGGAUGGGUAGUGGUAUGGUGGAGGGGAAGACUUCUUUGGAGGAGGAGGUGAUGAGUAGUGGUAUGGAGGUGGGGGAGAUUUCUUUGGAGGAGGAGGGGAUGAGUAGUGGUAUGGAGGUAAGAGAGACUUCUUUGGAGGAGGUGGGGAUGUGUGGUGGUAUGAUGAAGGGGGAGACUUUUUUGGAGGAGGUGGGGAUGUGUAGUGAUAAGGUGGAGAGGGAGAUUUUUUUGGUGAAGGAGGUGAUGAGUAGUGAUACGAAGAUGGUGGUGAUUGAGAUGGAGAUGUUGGAGAUUUGUAAUAAUAAGGCUCAUAUGCCACCACACUGGUGGCCACAAGGCAUAUUGCUAUGGCAUGAAUCAUCGGGGACAAAUGCCCCAUUCCCCUGCAUUCCAUCUUUAGAGCUCUUGCUUUUAGUGUUUGAAUGUUUAGCAUGGAUGCCGGCCUUUUUUAUAGUGAUCUAUUUAAUCAUUGCUGAAAAAGAUGUAGAGAAAUACGUUAUUGCUACUGCUACGUAUACAUCUCAUAGCUUGAUCAAAAAGAAGCUUAGUAGUGUGGAGGAGGUGGAGACUUGUAGACGUAUGGGGGAGGGGGGGACUUCUUUGGAGGAGGAGGUGAAGAGUAGUGGUAUGGGGGGGGUGGUGAAGGAGAUGGUGGAGUGGGGGACUUAUAGACAUAGGGAGGAGGGGGGGAUUUCUUUGGAGGUGGAGGUGAAGAGUAGUGGUAUGGGGGUGGUGGAGAUUUCAAUGGUGGAGGUGGGGAUUUAUAGAUGUAUGGAGGAGGGUGGGAUUUCUUUGGGGGAGGAGGUGAUGAGUAAUGAUAUGGAGGAGGUGGAGAUUUCAAUGGUGGAGGUGGGGAUUUGUAGAUGUAUGGAGGAGGGGGAGAUUUCUUUGGGGGUGGAGGUGAUAAGUAAUGAUAUGGAGGAGGUGGAGAAGGAGAUGGAGGAGGUGGAGAUUUCAAUGGUGGAGGUGGUGAUUUGUAGUAAUAAGGCUCUUUGGCUACUACACUGGUGGCAACCACGCAAAAUGCUAGAGCAUAAAUCAUUUGAGACAAGAGUCCUGGCUGCCCCCCUUUUUCCAUCUUUAGAACUACUGCUUCUGUGUUUGCAUGGUGAGCAUGGAUGCUGCCCUUUAUAUAGAGCUCUCCGAUCAUUAUUAACAAAGAUAUUGUUUAACGAUUAUCAUUAUAACCUAGAUUAA